AUGCUGCUUCACCACAAGUCUUACGCAUUUCCUAUGCAUAUGCACUUUGUUUCAAAAUCUUCUGUGAGCAAUUCGGCUGAUAUCCGCAUUCACAAUUCUCAAGAAGAAGAUUUCACUUUAUUUGUUAACAAAUCGCAGAUCUCACUAUUGAAGAAUUUUCUAAUAAAUUCCUUCAGACAAGAAUUGAGACUCAUAGACCAAGGAAUUACCUUUUAUAAAUAA